UCUAUAUCCAGGAACUUAUCUAUAAAACCCACGAGCUAAAUGCUGAAAGUUAACCCGAGUUUAAUGGGGUUACAGCGGUGUUAACUUUCUUUUGAAGCUGAUAGAAUUUGAAAGCAACGACCCUUGUCAUCACACGCAGAUUGAAAAAAUGGCUUCGAGAGCGGGGUUUCCAGUUAACACUGGUACCCCCAUGAACCCCAGUAUGAACCCCGUGAACUCUGGACAUACCGGGGGGAUGCGGAUGCCAGGAUUGCCCCAACAUGCUGCAUUUCGGGGCAUGAGCCCAGGCAACCCCCAGUAUCAUCAGCGCCCAGGUAUGCCACCUGGCCGAGGAGUACCUAUGGGAGGCAUGGGAUCUAUGGGUGCCCCUUUACCAGGGCCCUCCUACAGUGGUUCCAUGUCUAUGCGCCCUGGUAUGUCGCAAAGCCCGAUGGACCCUGCCAGGAAAAGACUCCUUCAACAGCAGCAGCAAGCAGGGGGACUAGUGGGUCACAGAAGAGGAGUUAAAAGACGGAAGUUGGCAGACAAAGUGCUACCACAGAGGAUCCGUGACUUGGUCCCAGAGUCUCAGGCCUAUAUGGACCUCCUGGCCUUUGAGAGAAAGCUGGACCAAACCAUCGCUCGCAAGCGCAUGGAGAUCCAGGAGGCCAUCAAAAAGCCCAUCACGCAAAAGCGCAAAUUGAGGAUCUACAUUUCUAAUACCUACACACCCGGCAAACCUGAGGGGGAGGAGGCAGAGAAAGUGUCAUCAUGGGAACUGAGGGUUGAGGGCAAGCUUCUGGAAGAUCCAGGGAAACAGAAGAGGAAGUUUUCAUCGUUCUUCAAGAGCCUAGUUAUUGAGCUGGACAAAGAACUGUAUGGUCCAGACAAUCAUUUGGUGGAGUGGCACAGAAUGCCCACGACCCAGGAAACAGACGGCUUUCAGGUGAAGAGACCAGGGGAUGUCAGUGUUAAAUGCACCCUCCUGCUUAUGUUGGACCACCAGCCUCCCCAGUAUAAACUGGAUCCACGGUUGGCGCGACUCCUUGGUGUGCACACCCAAACCAGGGCCAGCAUUAUGCAAGCUCUGUGGCUUUACAUCAAAAACAACAAACUGCAGGACUGCCACGAGAAAGAGUACAUCAACUGCAACCGCUACUUCAGACAGAUUUUUGCCUGCACACGGAUGAGGUUCUCUGAGAUCCCCAUGAAGCUCGCUGGUCUCCUUCAACACCCUGACCCCAUCGUCAUUAACCAUGUCAUCAGUGUGGACCCUAAUGAUCAGAAGAAGACGGCCUGCUUUGACAUUGAUGUGGAAGUGGAUGAUCCACUGAAGGGCCAGAUGACCAGCUUCCUCUCCUCUACCACCAAUCAGCAGGAGAUCGCCGCCCUGGAGAUAAAGAUCCAUGAGACCAUUGAGUCCAUAAACCAGCUGAAGACCCAGAGAGACUUCAUGCUGAGCUUUAGUAACAACCCUCAGGACUUCAUCCAGGACUGGCUCAAAUCACAGAGCCGCGACCUCAAGCUGAUGACAGACACCGCUGGUAACCCAGAGGAGGAACGCAGAACCGAGUUUUACCACGCCCCUUGGGUUCCAGAGGCUGUCGGACGGUACAUAUACUCUAAGGUGCAGCAGAGAAGACAGGAGCUGGAGCAGGUACUGGGGAUCCGACUCACCUGAGAGCCAAUUCUCACUAAAGCUCCUCACACCUGCAGGUUUCCUGGCUCUGAUUGCCAGAAUUUGGAAUAACUUUUCUCUAGAUCAGCCUCUGUUAACCAACUGAUCAAAUAACAUUGUAAGUGACUUACAACGAGCUUGA